UAUAAUAAUCUUGAAUUUAAAUAUUCUUCCAUUUUCCUCCAACGAUUAUAUCUUACGAGGAGGAAGAGGAAGAGGAAGAUCAAAUAAAAAAUAUAAUAAUAAUGUUUACUGGAACUCUUGAGAAAUGCAAGGCGUGUGAUAAGACUGUUUAUGUUGUUGAUAUGGUCACAGCUGAUGGAAUUCCUUAUCAUAAAACUUGUUUCAGAUGCAGCCAGUGUAAUGGCAAACUUACGAUUGGCAGAUUUUCAACUUUAGAUGAAGUAUUAUUUUGCAUGCCACAUUUUGAGCAACAAUUCAGAAAAACUGGAGCUUAUUCCAAUAAUAAGUCUCAAACAUCUGUCAAGCCUGAAUUGAACAAAACACCUAGCAAGGUCUCCACCAUGUUUUCUGGAACUCAAGAUAAAUGUGCUACUUGUAAAAAAACUGCAUAUCCUCUUGAGAAGAUAAUAGUAGAGGGUGAAAACUACCACAAAUCAUGCUUCAGAUGUGCAAAAGGAGGUUGCUUCUUGAAUGCAUCAAACUAUGCUGCUCUAGAUGGAUUUUUGUAUUGCAAACCUCACUUUUCUCAGCUCUUUAAGGAAAAGGGCUCAUACAAUUACCUUACAAAAUCAAUUUCAGUCAAGAAAAAUGAAGAUGCAAUUCCUAAUGAAGAACAACCUGUUGCAGAAACCCAAGUUCUGCAACAACAAGAAAAGAAACCAGUACCAGAAGAGUAGUAAUUUAUACUACUCUGUCCUUUUGAAUUUGCCCAUUUUAAUUAUUUCUCGUGAGAGUUUUUUAAGUCAUACUCCGUAAAUUCUAGUAUUAUCAAAUGCAAUCUCCUUGUUGAAUCUUUCAUUAGAUAAUAUCCAUUUUUUUAAGGGAAGGAUACGAAUUUUUUUUAUCAUGUUAAUGAUACUAGGAAGAGAAAUGCAAUAGGGGAAGCUCAAAUACUUGUACAUAUAAGUAUGUGAAACUAUUUUAUGGUAUCUUGUCUAUAAGGAAAAUUAUUCUAGUUUGUGUGCA